AAGCUAUCGUCGUCUCGUGUUCUGUUGGUUAACUAAAACUUUUCACAAAAAGGCCAUUGCCAGCGAAGCUUUCGUACUCUAGCCAACAAAAACAAAACCACCCCACCAGAUAGAGAAAUCCAGAGCUUCUCCAGCCAGACAAACACAGAAAGAAAGAGAGAGAUUAAAACGUCUCUCCCUUGUCGUUUCUGCUUCUGUAAUCGGAUUCCAAAUGAAAAUGGCGGAUCAUUACUUGCUAGGAUGGAUCUUGGCCUCCAUCGCGGGGCUUUUCGCUUUCUACUAUAUAGUUUAUUUGGUAGUGAAGCGAGAGGAGGAGAAUAAUAGACGAGACUUAUUGCAGCAGAGAAGUGACUCCGUCAAGACUAUGUCCGCUACCAAUGGAGAAUGCAGAUCCGAUGACGACGCUGAUGUUGAUGUGAUCAUCGUCGGCGCCGGUGUUGCUGGUUCUGCUCUCGCUCAUACCCUUGGCAAGGAUGGGCGUCGAGUGCAUGUCAUUGAAAGAGACUUGACCGAACCUGACAGAAUUGUUGGUGAAUUGCUACAACCUGGCGGCUACCUAAAGUUAAUUGAGUUAGGACUUGAAGAUUGUGUGGAGGAAAUUGAUGCACAGCAGGUGUUUGGUUAUGCUCUUUUUAUGGAUGGAAAACAUACCCAACUCGCUUAUCCCUUGGAAAAGUUUCAUUCAGAUGUAGCAGGGAGGAGCUUUCACAAUGGGCGUUUUAUACAGAGGAUGCGGGAAAAAGCUGCAGCCCUUCCCAAUGUACGAUUGGAGCAAGGAACUGUCACUUCUCUACUUGAAGAAAAAGGGACAAUUAAAGGUGUGCUGUACAAAACUAAAACCGGUGAAGAGCACACAGCUUUUGCACCUUUGACAAUUGUUUGUGAUGGCUGUUUCUCCAAUUUGCGACGCUCACUUUGCAAUCCUAAGGUAGAUGUGCCCUCUUGUUUUGUUGGCUUGGUCUUGGAGAAUUGCCAACUUCCAUAUGCAAAUCAUGGGCAUGUUAUACUAGCAGACCCUUCCCCAAUUCUACUCUAUCCUAUCAGCAGUACUGAAGUUCGCUGUCUGGUUGAUGUUCCUGGUCAGAAGGUCCCUUCCGUUUCAGGUGGUGAAAUGGCAAAUUAUUUGAAAAAUGUGGUGGCGCCUCAGGUUCCCCCAGAAAUUUAUAAUUCUUUUGUAGCUGCAGUUGAUAAGGGGAACAUUAGGACAAUGCCUAACAGAAGUAUGCCAGCUUCUCCAUAUCCUACCCCUGGUGCUUUGUUGAUGGGUGAUGCAUUCAACAUGCGCCAUCCUCUAACUGGAGGAGGAAUGACUGUGGCACUAUCUGACAUUGUUGUGCUACGGAAUCUUCUCAAGCCUUUGCGAGAUCUACGUGAUGCACCUACUCUCUGCAGAUAUCUUGAAUCCUUCUACACCUUGCGUAAGCCUGUGGCAUCUACAAUCAAUACACUGGCAGGUGCCCUCUACAAGGUGUUUUGCGCUUCUUCUGAUGAAGCAAGGAAGGAAAUGCGCCAGGCUUGCUUUGAUUAUUUAAGUCUUGGAGGUGUAUUUUCAACAGGACCAAUCUCUUUGCUAUCAGGUUUAAAUCCUCGACCAUUGAGCUUGGUUGUCCAUUUCUUUGCAGUAGCAAUUUAUGGUGUUGGGCGUUUGUUACUGCCAUUUCCUUCACCUCAUCGCUUUUGGAUUGGAGCUAGGUUAAUUUCGGGUGCAUCAGGAAUCAUUUUUCCCAUUAUUAAGGCAGAAGGAGCCAGGCAAAUGUUCUUCCCUGCAACUGUUCCAGCAUAUUACAGGAGUCCUCCCAGUAAAUGCAAUUAAUUUUGAAAGAAAUUGAAGAUAAUGGUCCAGCCUCAUUGGAUUCUCAUCCCUUUGUUCAAAGUCAAGGGGUAGGGCAGGGCCAUCUUUUCUUUAGGUUGUCUGUAACUGUCACUCUGAGCCCAAAAUAGUAUAUUUUUUUCUUCGUUUUAAUCUGUGGCAUUGUUAAUGUUUUUGCAAAAGAACCUAAAUUUUACCACUUUAGAACUGUUAAUUCGACUACGCAGAUGGGAUUAAGUAAGGAUGCGUUCGUCA